AUGGUCAAGACACUGCCAUUUGGCUCAUCAGGUCUCGAAGUCAACAGUCCAGGUUUCGGAGCCAUGGGCUUAUCUUUCGGACUCGGGACCAACUUGACAUUCGACCAAGCCGAGCCCGUUCUCCUCAAGGCCAUCGAACUGGGCUGCACAUUCUGGGAUACUGCUGUUGUUUACGCAGCAGGCAUCAACGAGACCCUCCUGGGCGACUUCAUCCGCAAGCACAAUGUCCGCGACAAGGUCUUCAUUGCCUCCAAAUGCGGCUUUGCUGUUUUCGAAAAAGCAGGAGUUACAAACUCUGCCGAACACAUUGAGAAAUACAUCAAUGGUACCAUUGAGCGACUGGGCUUUACACCAGAUCUGUACUAUCUGCAUCGCAUUGAUCCCAAUACCCCUCUGGAAGAGUCCAUCCCUGCUCUGGAUCAGCUCCGCAAGACUGGAAAGACGAGAUUUAUAGGUCUUUCCGAGUGUUCGGCAAGCACAUUGAGAAAGGCAAAUGCCAUUGCUAGGAUUGAUGCUGUGCAAGCCGAGUACUCUGCUUUUGAGACUGUUCACGAGACCGAUGGGCUGAUUGAUGCGACUCGAGAGUUGGGGGUUGCGUAUGUGGCGUAUAGUCCCUUGGGUCAUGGAUGGUUGGUCGAUGAGUUUCCCUUCAAGACCCCUGAUGACUUUGCCGCCGAUGAUUUCCGUCGUACUUCACCAAAAUUCCAAGGCGACAAUUUUUACAAGAAUAGAGAUAUCGUCGAGGAGAUCAAGAAAUUGGCCAACAAGAAGGGAUGCAGCAUCACGCAGGUCGCUCUUGCUUGGGUGGCCGCUCAAGGCUUCAUCGCGAUCCCUGGCACUACCAAGGCACACCGACUAGAAGAGAAUUGGGCUUCGAGAGACGUCGAGUUGACCGCAGAGGAAAAGGUCGAGAUGAGAAGGAUCAUUGACAAUGCAAAGCCUCAUGGUAACAGAUACAGUGAGGCUAACCAGAAGCUGGUAGGACACUAG